AUGGAAAUUGAAAGUACUCCAGUUAAUCUUUCAACAAUGACAACAACCAUGACAUCAACAGAUAGUCUAUUAAGUCUUUCACAUAGUAAUGAUUUUAGCAGACAAACUAAAGAUGGUCCAGGAAUCGAAAGUUUGCUUGAUAGUUCUUUACAACUUGGUGCUGCUUAUGAAAGACGUGAUUCCACUGAUUCAAAUUUCUCGUUAAGGCCUAGUUUUAAACAAAAAUUUAGAGCACCGGUUGCAAAAAAUAUUAUUCAUUCGAUCGCUUCCCAACGAUUAAAUAAUGCAUUAUAUGACAAAGAUCAAGCCCCAGGUUGGGCUCACGAAAUUUCUCAAGAAAUUAAAAAACAAUUGUUAGAUUUAGAACUUAAGCAAUACAAAUAUGUCGUAAACGUAACGAUAAUGGAAAAUAAAUCGGCCGGAACUAGGUUAGCUAAUUCAAAUAAAAUACGCAAUGACAUUUUGUUGGUAGUUGAAUUGUUUCGAUGGUGUGAUUAA